GAGAGAGAGAGAGAGAGAGUGCUUUCGGCUAAUCAAGCUAAUACCCCCCUCGUCUAUGCUGUAUUGGCCAGUUAAGGGAAUACCAAAAUCUCUCAACAUCUUCCUCUCUUACUACCUUUUUGCAAUUUCUCCCUCCCUCUCUCUCUCCCUCUCUUUUCAGUCCUAGGUUUUCCACUUUCAAGAAUCAAGACUCCAAGCCAUAGUUUCGCUUCUCAACCCACCCUUCUCUUCUUUAUGCAUAAAGCACGAAAUAUAGCCCAGGAAAAGCCUCAAACUCCCCUCCUCUCUCUCUCUCCUUUUUGCCUUGCCUUGUUUUGCCUUGUGGACUUGUGAGAAAGAGAGGGAUAUGAUCAACAAAAACAAGAUCCUCGCACUCUCCACUAUGAGCUAGAAGAAUUUACGCACGGCCUAUGUAGAGUGGUCACCUAAUUCUUCUUCUUCUUUCUAUCCCUUCACGCUCGCCCAUAAACAAGCUCGCAAGUGGAGCAAAGGAGGGAGGAGGGAGCAAAAAAAAAAUGUGGAAUCUGAACGACUCGCCCGAUCGUGCCGUGAGGCCAGGCGAGGAAUCGGAAGGCUGUUCCUCCCCCAAGACCUCCGAUGACGAAACUGCAGCAGACGCGCGGGGCAAGCGGGUCGGAUCCAUGUCAAAUUCCAGCUCCUCCGCGGUGGUCAUCGAGGACGGAUCCGACGAGGAGGAGGGCCUGGCGACGGCGGCCGCCAAGGCUCACCGGAAGCGCAGCAGCAAGAUUUUCGGGUUCUCGGUGACCCGAGAGGGGGAAGCAGAUUGCGACGAGGGCGACGACAAUCCGGGGAGCCGCCACCCGGUGACCCGGCAGUUCUUCCCGGUGGAGGAGGAGGAGGAGCUGGAAGAGGAUGGCGAGCAGGCAGGAAUGGGGGCAGCCGUGCCGGCGGGGUUCCCAAGGGCGCACUGGGUCGGAGUCAGGUUCUGCCAGUCGGAUCAUCAUCCAAUCGGGUCGGGCAAGGGCUCAUCGAUGUUGGAGGGUUCGCAGCCCAUGAAGAAGAGCAGGAGAGGGCCGAGGUCCCGGAGUUCCCAGUAUAGAGGGGUCACUUUUUACAGGCGAACUGGAAGAUGGGAGUCUCACAUAUGGGACUGUGGAAAGCAAGUUUAUCUGGGUGGGUUUGACACUGCACAUGCAGCUGCUCGAGCGUAUGAUAGGGCGGCAAUCAAGUUCCGGGGAGUAGAAGCAGAUAUAAAUUUUCGUAUUGAAGACUAUCAAGAAGACAUGAAACAGAUGAGUAAUUUAACCAAGGAAGAAUUCGUGCAUGUACUUCGCCGGCAAAGCACCGGAUUUCCGAGAGGAAGCUCGAAGUACCGGGGAGUCACAUUGCACAAGUGCGGAAGAUGGGAGGCCAGAAUGGGACAAUUUCUGGGCAAAAAGUAUGUGUAUCUAGGACUGUUCGAUACCGAGAUUGACGCCGCAAGGGCUUAUGAUAAAGCUGCGAUUAAGUGUAAUGGCAAGGAUGCUGUCACCAAUUUUGACCCAAGCAUCUAUGAGAAUGAGCUUAACCCCAGUGAAUCUUCUGGAAGUGCUGCAGAUCACAAUCUUGAUUUGAGCUUAGGAAGUUCAGCUUCAAAGCCAAACAAUCUUGAAGUUGGAAAUGAUGUCCAAAAUGUUGGGGUUGACCAGAGUUCCUCAUCGAUGCCAUACGAAAGCGAUUGGCGCAAUCGAGAAUUAAGGCCCAAGCUAAAUCUCCAUCAAGAGCCAGGAAGAAGGAAUGGGUACAAUGAAGCCGAGACCACGCUGUUGCUGAGUCAAACGCACAUUCACUCUCCGGGCUCCAUGAGAGCUCCUACUGCUCAUGAUGAACUGCAAAUAUAUGGACAAAUGAAGAGACCAGGAGAUCAUCAAGCGCACAACAUGCUUCACCUUCUUCCACCCCAUCUCGGCUCAUCAAAUUACCAAUUCGCAAGCAGCAGCUAUGGAGGAAGAAUUGGAGGAGAUCUUCAACUGUCAUCGACAACAGCACCGCCAACAAGCGAGCAUCAACAAUGGCGCUCAUUGACGCCGUCGGCAUCAUCAUCGUCGAGUGCUCUCCAUGCCUUUGCAACUGCUGCAGCAUCAUCAGGAUUCCCACAGCAGAUCAGACCCACCCCAAAUUGGCUGCAGAAAAAUGGGUUUCACUCAUUCAUGAGACCUUGAUUGAACCCCCACCCAAAAAAACAAAAAAACGGGAGAAAGAAACCAAAAUUGUCUUCUAAUAAUUUUUCUGCUCUGUCCAUUUAUCUGGGUCAUCCUCCAAAUUUUUGUUCCUCUUCUAUAAAAAUAUCAAGCUCUGUAAUGAAACCCUCUUUCCUUCA